CUCUUCAAUUGAUUCUGAAUCAUCCAAAUAUUCUUAUCCAUUUUGUAUUUGGUAAAGUUUUGUCGUAUUUAUUUGCUUCAGCAGCAUGGAUUAACAAUCAUGGCAUAUUUGUUCAAUCAACACUGAUUUUGCUAUUUUCAUACACUUUCAAUGUAUUAAAAGUACAGUAUAAUGUUAAAUAUCCAACCACCAACCAAUUGACACCUAAGCAUACUGUAAAUCGUAUUGAUUGAUUCUGUAAUUCAUUCCAUAUAGCCUACUUUAACUAGCCUGUUGUCUUCAAUUUUGAAGCGAUUUUUAAACCAACACAUUUUAAUAUUGUAUUGCAUGUUUUAUAUAUUUCUCUAACCCUUUUGUAUGCGAAUUGCCAAUGCCAAUAAACCAUCAUAAAUGACGUUUUAUCCAGUGACAUCGAGUAAAAAUGUUACAGGAUCUGUAUUCAUUAGGAAGAAAUAGGAUUGGCCAGGGCAAAUGUUACAACAGGAUAAAUAAAUGUGCUCAGAAAUGUACGACGAUGUGCGCAAUAAGGAACGUGUCACCAUAGAAAUAGAAUCUAUAUUAGAAUCCCAUGCUCGUCACAAUGUCCAAUAACAUACAUUUGAAUUCCAAAUUCUAUGUGUAUUACUCAGAGGUUAAUUUAUUCACAAUCACAACCAACCUACAGUAAAUCGAUAGCAAACGCGAAUUCUUCAUUCAAGUCAAUCAAAAAAUCGUAUAUUUUUUCCUGUUCUCAGUAAGAAAAUGCUCAAGAGGCAAUUCUGUACACUGAAAGCCCAGGGAAGGAUCCCACUGGACCUCCCUCUGAGACCAAUGAAGGCCUGGCUCCUGGCAGGAAAAAGAGUCUUCUUGGAACUUGGGAUACAAAGAGGGGCCUGGAAAUACAGGAGACAGAGAGAGUUCUCCUGGUCAGUUGCCAGAGAGUUCAGGAUGAAUUAAGGAUGUCCGAUGUCAUCGUGGACACGGCGCCCAACGGAGCCAUCCAGCUUCUGAAAGAGGAGUGUUGGAAGUUGAACUUCUUGCAUCUAAAGGAUGAGACAUGCCAGGCCACUGAGCUCACUGAGCUGUAUGGACAUUCUGAGACCUCUUCAAAGGAAACUCUAAUUGAAGAGAAAAGUCCAAAGACCAAGUGCCCGGCCAGUGUCGCUGGGGCUGCUGACAUUCACAACACCAAUGAGGAGGCUUCAGAGGAGUCUCCUAAUAACGAUGUGGUGGACGUUCAGGAUGAGCUGCUGGCCCUGGUCAGUGUGGAGAAAGGGGCUGCUGGAGAUGGAAAGGUCCUCAGCAAGGUGGUGAAGCCCAAAGGGUGUCUGAAGGAGAGCUGCAAAGAUCAGCUAACCCCAAAAAUCUAUGAUAUGAUUACGGAACUACCAAAGUCCUAUUUCGGAUCCACUGAGAGCCUUCCUGAGAUGUGUAGCAGAGGUCCAAAGGUGUGCAGUGGAGUGCCUGAGGUGUCAAAUGCAGUGGGAGAGGUGUCCAGUGACACAAAGACGACAGAAGCUGCUGACGACCUUCUGGACACUGGAAAUGUCCUGAGUAAGGCGGAGCAGCUAUCCACCCAGAGCCAUCCUGAGGUGUGCAAUGGAGAGGCUGAGCUGUGCAGCGGUCCUGAGGUGUGCAGUGGAGUGCCUGGGCUGAGCAGCGGAGAACCUGGGGGUUGCAGUGGAGUGCCUAUGGUGUGCAGUGGAGUGCCUGAGGUGUCAUACGCAGUGGAAGAGGUGUCCAGUGACACAAAGACAACAGAGGCUGCUGAAGACCUUCUGGACACUGGAAAAGUCCUCAGCAAGGUGGUGAACCCCAAAGGGUGGAUGAAGCAGGACUGGGAAGAUCAGCUGACCAGAGACUUCAAUGAUAUGAUUGCAAAAGUCCCAAAGUCCUAUUUCGGAUCCACCGAGAGCCUUCCUGAGGUGUGCAGCAGAGGUCCUGAGGCGUCAAACGCAGUAAAAGAGGUGUGCAGUGACACAAUGAAGAUAGAGGCUACUGGAAAUCUUCUGAAAACUGGAAAUGGCCUAAGCAAGGUGGUGCUCCUAUCCACUGAGAGCCGUCCUGAGGUGUGCACUAGAGUGCCUGAGGUGUUCAGUGGAGGUCCAGAGGUAUGCAGUGAAAUGCCUGAAGUGUACAGUGGAGAUUCUGAGGUGUGCAGGGAAUGUCCUGAGAUGUUCAGUGAGGUGCCUGAGGCACCAAACGCAGUGGAAGAGGUGUCCAGUGAUACAAAGACUGAGGCUGCUGAAGACCUUCGGGACACUGAAAAUGUCCUCAGCAAGGUGGUGAGAUCCAAAGGGUGGCUGAAGGAGGGCUGGGAAGAUCAGCUGACCAAAGACUUCAAUGAUAUGAUUGCACGACUCCCAAAGUCCUAUUUUGCAUCCAACGAGAGCCUUCCUGAGGUGUGCAGCGGAGUGCCCGAGGUGUCGAACGCAGCGGAAGUGGUGCGCAGUGACACAAAGAAGCAGAAGAAAAAUGGCGUUCUACGAUUCUUCCGACGUGUGUGGAAGUUCUUCACAUGCUCCAACAGCCUCCCCAAAGAGCAGUGACUCAAGCACACACAACUCUGGGCCACACUUGCCUCGGUGACUGAAUUUCUCCACCAUCUCCCCCUUUCCUUCCAACUGCCUUUUUGUAAUAAUAAAAAUAAAGGGGAUCUGAACCACAACAAAA